GGCUGACUACACUUCCAUAUGACUAGUUACCAUAUCAAUCAAAAGCGCGGGGCCCUAGGCAGAUGCCUCGUCCGCCUGCCCCUAAGCACGGCCCUGAGCGCAGGGGUCCAUCAGUUGACAAUGAGAAUUCAGAAUAUUUUACAGAUCUGGGGAAAAUGCCGCUGGCGAGCUGCCAGAAAGGCCAUUUUAUCAGCAACCAUCUUGUGUUUUGCUGUCUACGUGUUCCUCUACAGGAAACAAAGCCUUUACACCUUAAACAAAGCUUUGAUCGUCCAGAGUACAGAGACAGAAAUUAAUACUACUGCAGUCAAGGAACGUGCGACUACCAGCAGCGGCAUCACCUUGACAGGUACAACAAAAAAGCCGGUUGUCUGUCAGGAAUAUAAUCUCACCUUUGUCUCUGCUUUCUUCGAUUUCGGAGACCACCAGAAAGGCGGUGACUGGCGGACUGUGCAGACGUACUACCCGUGGAGCGAAGCCUUUGGUCGCAUUUACGCUCCUUUGAUCUUCUACACGGACUCGGACAAGUUUGGGGAGCACAUCCGGCAACUGCGCGCACACAUGGCGCCAAAUUUCACCCACGUCAUAUCCGUUAAUCGUUCCACGCUUUGGCCAUUCCAGUAUAAGGAUAUCAUAGCCCGCCUGUAUGCCCAGACGAACUACCCGAAACAUGAGCCAAACACCGUUGUUCCCGAAUAUUCCUGCUCCAUGCACGCCAAGUACGCAUGUCUGCACGACGCCAUGGUGUUACAGCAUGGUUUGGUGACAACGCACUUCGUAGCUUGGGUCGACAUCGGAUAUUACCGGGACCUCAGAAAUCCAAACAUUAGCUACUGUAUUGUCCCUCCCAAGGAUUUCAAUGAAACAAAAGUUCUUUAUAACCAGGUAUACAUGCCAAAUUUCAAUCUCUCGGCACGAGAUAUAUUCUACGAUAACGACGUGUGGGUCGGAGGAGGGAUGUUCAUAGCAACACGCGAGGUCAUGCUCAGACUCUGUGAUGAAUACAAGAGGGCGGCCACAUUUUUACUCCUCGAGCGUAAUCUGAGCUCCACGGACCAACAGACACUAUAUGCCAGUAUGACUACUGAAGGCAAAAGAGAUGUAAAGAUUGACUGUGGAUAUCGCUGUGCUACCAGGAACACAUGGAUGGUUUCAACUGGGCAACUCUCUUCUACGUCCAGUUUGAAAGUAGUAUAUCGGGUAUUAUAGAGGGAGAAAACACUGUGGGGAACAUUUGUAACUGUGGAGUCGUUCUCGAACUGCUGAAUCAAGUCCAAGAGGUGUGAGGCCAAAAACUGCAAUGUAGCUGGCCGUCGAAGGCGGUUGUACCAGCAAGAGAAUAUGCAUAUUAGGCAUCAAUCUGUGAUUGUGGCCGGUAAUUGGCCAUCACUACAGAUUGAGAUCAUGUUGAAAGAACACUCGACAAAAUGAAUAGCGAAUUUAGUCUGGAAUGUCUUGUGGGUAACUGAGAAGUGUAAGACGUGAUAUGCCCUUUCAGAAAUACCAAUGACUGGUCGAGUGAGAAGUGUUGACAGCUGCAAACUUUGUGCUUCGGCGUAGUAUUUAUCUAACGAGAAAUGGAAAAAGUGCAGAAUUUUUUUAAGAUUAGUGGAAAACGCGCCAAAACAAGGUAAACAGAAACAAAAGGCAAGAUGGUUCACGUCCGUCAAACUCUCAAACGUUAUUAUUCCGCGUGUGGACCUUUUACGCAGUAUCAGUAGCUCGAUUGGGUGCCUUAUUUAUAAUAAUGAUGAUAAGUAAAUAUUUAUAUAGAGCAUUACUGACACUUCGAAGAAAUAUGCCCUUAGCGGAAUGAGACAUCAUACGAGGGACGCAAGAAAAGGCCACAGUGCUGGUGACAAAUAGAAGACAAACUGAAUUCGUUCGCAAAAGGUUGUGUGACAAAAUGUUUGUGGGUGUUUUUGUUCUGGUAACUGUGGGAAUGUGGAAAGGUGGCGGUGUGGCGCUGCGGUGAUAACAACUAUUUUUAUGAAGUAAAACGUAGUCAGCAGAGGUUUUGAACAACCGUUCGCUAGUUACAACUGUGUCAGUACUUAACCCUAACAGGGACACGACUGGAAUUAUUUCGGUAAAGCAUGUAAUUAAUAAUAGCUUUUAUGUCCGUUUAUCUCGGUUUCAUUUCCUCCACAUUAUUCUUUGAAGAGUAGCAUGAGCCAGUGUUUUGUAGAUGAGUGUCAUUAAAGAAUACAUGCGACGCGCCU